GCUAACAGACGACCCGCGAGGCAUGUGAGAUCGUAUUCAUUUGUAACGCGUGAUAUGCGUUUGUCUCUUCGGUUUCGAGUAAAAUGUUCGUGUGCGUGUUCGAGCAAAGUGUUUCUCAAAGGGGAUACGUUCGGUAAAAUAUCGCGAGUGCCAGUUAAGUGAAGUGAAGUGAAGCGCUACUAGUCGUCGUGCGAGCAUACAAAAUUCUCGAAACGAAUUUGUCUCCGUUCAUUGUAUCUCGGCGCGUAAUUUUUAUUCAAACGAUUUUCUCGCCGCUUUCCUCGGUUUGCAUUUUCCACAAAGUUACGUGACGUCAUGCCACUUUCGCGCCAUGUUAAUUUUCAUUUCGCGCAAAGUUUCGUGUGCGCGUAUUCGCUCGAGGACCAACCAGUGUGGCCCCUAUACAUACACUAGUAUAAUGCUACAUAUCACUGAUAUAAAUUUUAAAGAUUGUGACAUCAGUAACGCCAUCUACCAAUAAGAAGGGAACCCUUAAUAUAUAAGUCCAUUUCCAGUGUGGCCCCUGGCCGGAGUCGGCCGAAUGUAGCCGAGCGCAGUCGAACGCGCAAUGGCCACAGCAGGCCACGGAUAAACGGUGUGCAAAUUGUGCGAUGUGUGCGUGAUGUUCAGCUUCGGAAUCGCAGCACAGAUUACUACUACUAAUGUCGCCAAAGUCACAGCUCUCCCCUCUCCCCUAUUCUGUCAUAAACAAGCGAUAUGGCUGACCGUCGCGAGUAUUGACGAGACGCGUGCUCCUGUUUACAAACUGAACGAAGGGAUCGGUUUCAUCGAUGCUCUGAUCCCGCGGUAGUCACGCGGUACGCGCUGCCAUGGCACAAGCGAAGCUUGACGUGCCGGAGAAAUCAGGCGGUGGCAUUAAAGAGAAAGACAAGGACUCUGAGGAAAAGGAAGGUCCCACUGUUGUACCAGAAUGUGCAGUGUGCCUGCAGCCUUGCAUUCAUCCAGCACGAUUACCAUGCAGUCAUAUAUAUUGCUAUCUAUGUGUAAAAGGUGUCGCUAAUCAGAGCAAACGGUGUCCGAUGUGUCGUCAAGAGAUCCCACCAGAUUUUCUAGAGAGACCUCAACUGGUAGAAGUGGAAGAUUCUCAGAAGGACUCGGAACAUUCUGAGGAAGAGUACCAAUGGUUUUACGAAGGCCGAAAUGGAUGGUGGCAAUAUGAUCAGCGUACCAGUAUUGAAUUAGAAACGGCAUAUAAGCAGGGCAAAAGGACUUGCGAGUUGCUGAUCGCAGGAUUCCUUUACAUCGCUGAUUUCGGUUCGAUGCUUCAGCUGCGUAGGAAUGAUCCUUCCAGACGAAGGAGGAUCAAGAGAGAUCUGUAUAAUGUUCCAAGAAAAGGAGUUGCCGGAUUACGACUUAAUGUGCAAGACGAGGAGAUUGUAAGAGAAAUAAGGGGUGCCGAGCGGCCAGCUAGUCCUGCGAGUGAUAGUAUGGGUACAGGAGAUGGCACAAAUACUCCUAUACCGCCUAGUAAUACGCCACAAACGCCUGCAGGUGGGACAGCGAGUGGCGAUGCUACACCUCUAAAUGAUAGAAUAGAUCAGAGAUCCGAGUCUCUGCAUCAGGUCCUAGAACAAAUGCGUUCUCUAGUUUUAAGGGAGCACUUGUCCUUAAACAGCGAUAAUGAAUUCGAAGAGGAUACGGAGGACGCGUCGAUUUCGGAUCAUCCUUCUCUUUCAUAGCUACAAAUAUCGAAAAAUCUGUAUUCAUCUGAGUUCGUGGUAGUCCUGUUUCGGAAUCUCCAAUUCGUUUCCAUACUCUUCGUGUUGCUAUUCAGCUCAAUAAGAUAGUAUACAAAUACACAUUACAUUUGCUAGAAAUGCAGUGCAUAAACUUUAUUGAUCUAGCAAACUACAUUGCUCAACUACAACAUAUGGAAAUUGAUAUACAAUUAAAUAUUUCAAGUUAAGUAGCCAUCCAUAUUCAAUAAGUAUUUUUUUCUUCUUUGGUUUUAAAAAUUGUUUAAUAUAACGAAUAAAAAAUAAUCAAGUUAUCACUGAAAAUAAGAGUUUGCGAAAAACAUUUACAAUUUACAAAAUAACUACUUGUUGAUAAUGUACUUAAAAGUCUAACUUUGAGAUCUAUUUGUUGUUUAGCACCAAUAUAAAACUAAUGCUAACAACAAUUAGUCGUAUAAAAUAAGGUACGUGUAGCUAUUCUAAAAUAUAUUAAAAGUUUCUAAUAUAAAAAUGUGUUCAUGCCUUAAAAAGGCGCAUAAAAAGAGAAUAUAUAAUAAAAAAAUAUGUUAAGAAAACCAAGUGCAACAUUCGCGUUAAUCGAUAAUCACUAGUUUUGAGUAAAAUCUAUAAUCUUUGAUGUUUAAAAAUAUCUUCGAAUUAUCUUCUCUUGUAUUGCACAUAGAAAUAAAAGAUGCAUUUUCUUCUGAA